GAUAGCAAAGAAUACUUAUUAUACUGGUCUCUGUAUCAACGGGAAAAACGACGUCAUGUCAGUUGACUCUGAUUCGGUUUUGAGCGAGCGUGUGCACACAGGCCAAUGUCGCCGGCUGUGAUUUAUUUUCUCUUUUCUUCGUCGUUUUGACACGUAGCUUCAUAUCGUGAUAUUGAAAAAAGUUUUUUAUUUGAUUUUUUGAUAAUCUGUAUAUCCUUGGAAUCAAGAAGAAAAACAAGAUUGGGCGAAAAUCGCAUGAGUGCGUAGCGCCGUAUUUAUGCGAAAGGGCAAAAGCAAGAGAAGAUUUUUCAAAACUUUGCCAAGUGCCAAGUGCUAAGUGUAUCCGACAGAGCGCGAGCGAGACAGAAGAGAGAAAUGAUUGUCUCGAUUAUACGAGUUUACGCGAUCACAGUGGACAAUUGAGUGAACACAGUGUUUCUUUAUGAUUCCUUUUUCAUUUCUCUUUUGUUUUGUUUCUACAAUCUCGAAUUCCAUUGAAAAGACGACUGGCCGGUCAUUGUGACCGUGUAGAAAAGAAGGAACAGCUCAGCCAUGAAGAAGGGCUUUUUUAGGGUGAAACAGCUCGCCGAUCAAACUUUCUCCAGAGCUGGAAAAACUGAAGUAUUGACAGAUGAUUUGCAAGCUGCGGACAAACAUGUAGAGCAGAUCAAAUCAGCAUUGACCGGUUUAAGCAAACGCCUUGGCACGCCUCAAACUCUUACCACAAUCCAGGAUCCGGCCUACAAAGAUAAACGAUUGAAAAAAUGUCCCGAAUUCAUACUUGGACAAACCAUGCUGGAGAACGUGUCGGAGGACGGUUUAUUGAGUUUUGCUUUAAAUGAAUGCGGCAGAGCUCAAAUUGCUCUGGCAAACGAAACGGUAGAUCACGAGGCAAAAGUUGAACAGUAUGUUGCCGCACCUCUGCAUCUCAUACUUGAAACCGCUGUGCCAAAUAUUGUUAAACACAAGAGAAAUCUUGCUCGUCUUACUUUGGAUAUGGAUAGCGCUAGAACGCGCUAUCAACAAGCUAACAAACACAGCGGAGGAGGUACAGGGGCUACGAAAGUAGACAGUUUGCGAGAAGAGCUUGAAGAAGCAGAAGCGAGAGUCGAACAAUGUCGGGAUCAACUUGCAGCAGAAAUGUUUCAGUUGAUGUCGCGAGAAACGGAAUUGGCUCAAACGAUAAUUCAAUAUGUGAAAUUGCAACGUGCGUAUCACGAAAGUGCCUUACACUGUUUGGCGGAUCUUAUACCAGGACUCGAAAGCUAUAUCAAUGACAACGAGAUGAAACCCGUUUACGGUUAUCCUCUCGAAGAACAUCUACGAGUGACGAAUCGGAAAAUAGCAUUGCCAAUACAAUUGUGCGUUUCGGCGCUUCUCAGACUUGGAAUGGAGGAAGAAGGGCUUUUCAGGAUAGCUGGAGGUGCUUCAAAAUUGCGUCGGAUAAAGCUCAGCCUCGAUGCGUGUUGUUUGACUCUUCCUACCGCCCUCGAAUACAAGGAUCCGCACGUGGUCGCUGGUGCUCUUAAAUCUUACCUCCGAGAAUUGCCCGAACCUCUGCUCACUUACAAAUUAUAUCCUGAGUGGAUGGCAGCGUCGAAAAUAACUCAAAUUGAGUCGAGGCUACGUGCUUUAUGGGAGGUGCUACACAAAUUGCCGCCAGCCAAUUUGGAAAACUUGAGGUUCCUAAUUAAAUUUCUAGCUGUCCUAACGAAGAAUCAAGAUGUCAAUAAAAUGUCGCCCCAAAACAUCGCGAUUGUUAUUGCCCCGAAUCUUAUCUGGAGCCCUCAGGAAGACUCGAAUACUAUGGUGAUGAACAUGAGUACGGCAAACAACUCUAGUCUAAUCGUCGAUCAGCUGGUGACUUACGCGGAUUGGUUUUUUCCCGGUGACAUAGAUUUCGAUCGGGAUUUGGAUUAUAGGUAUCGUAUUGGGAUCCAGAAUGGGAAUGACGAACAAAUGAUUGUGGGUAUGAGACGUUGCGUUUCUAACAGUAGUUUAAGCGAUCACGGCGAAAGUCCACCGCAGGGAAGUCCAAAACCAGCUACGAGAAGAAAAAAUAAACCAGCACCGACGCCACCGAGUGGUACACCGGACAAAAACGAGAGAAGGAAUGAGGAAAAGCCGCCAACUGCGCCGGACAAACCACCGCGCCCUUUGACAACAUCGACUUUGAACCGGCACACUUACAAGUCUCAAAAGCACGAAGUCAACGCCGAGUUAAUAAAUAUUCAAUCGGAGUUGCAUUCGGAAAAAUCAGCAGAAAAAUUAGAACGCGACCUUAAGGCUUCAACAGUGGAAGCUCCAACGAAAAACGAUAUUUCAACGAGCGAAGAAAAUGAAACCAAUUUUGAAACGCCCAUUCAAAUAAAUCAAGAACCACAGAAAUUCGAUAACGAGUCUGAUAAAAAUACCCGUAAUCUUGAUACGACGAUGGCUCCCAUAGGGUUCGAGGCCCUUGAUUCACGAGGCAAUCUAACCAAUUCCCAUUUCAAGAACAAUCCUGAUAUCGAACAAUCUGCUGAAAAUUCGAUAAUCAAACCAAAACCUGUUCCGGCUGAAAAACCCUCCACUUUGGAGAGGAGAAGAAAGCCUGUUGCCGCGCCUAGAAACUUGACUAACUCGACACACCAAUAUUCUGAAGAAGGAGUAGAGUUACGAAACAAAAGCGAGGGAACGAGUGCGAGUUCAGGAAGUGCAAACGUGAAACCGGCGAUCCCAGAAAGACCAGCCUCAUUGGUUCGUCCAUGUAGUCUCGUAAGAACGCAGCAACAGCAGCAGCAGCAGCAGCAACAACAACAACAACAACAACAACAACAACAACAACAACAACAACAACAACAACAACAACUACUACUACAACAACAACAGCAGCCUUCCACGAGACACAGUAACGAUGUAAACUUAGAUAUCGAUUCCGGGCCUCUAACCUUGGAGAGGGCUCACGUUUAUUCGGUCGACAAACAACAGGUCAGUAUAAUACAAGUGCGCGGAACGAAAACUGCUUUCAACCCGUCGUUUGAGAGCAAUGGAAACGGCACGGCUUCUUCGAACUUGCAGAGAAGUCCGAGUGUUGGCAGUCGUCCCACUUCGAUGAUGUCAGUCUCGAACGAACGUCCUGGUAAACCACCGAGACCCGACAUGCCUGAAAACGCCAAGGUUCACGCAAGAACACGCUCGGAGGGCAAUAUCAUCGACGUUCAAACCCAAACGGAUACGGUCAUCGUUCAAAAGUCACCGCAGCAUCAAACGCCUGCUUCACCGCGUAUCGUUCAAAGACCACCUCGACCGCAGCCACCACCACCACCGCCGCCGACAGGGGGACGUACAAAAAGCGAUCACGAAAGCACGAAUCUUUGAGUUCUUUCGUCAAUUACUCAAAUUUUCACUCAUUUUAUUUCGAUUUAAAAAGAAAAUGAGCAAAUUAACGAACAAACUGUCCUUUUACAAGUCAAAGAAAAGGCAAGCUACUACAGGAGUAAUGUGACAAUCGAACAACUUGAUUUUUCAAUCCUGCCAAUUUUUUUCGGUAUGCCUUGGAAUUAAUAAGCGAUACAUUUUAUUUUCCGUUUUUAUCCAUUUUCUCUUUUACUCUUUAUUUCAUUUCAUUCGGAAGACAAUGCUGAUUGGUCUUCUAAAAUUUUCGUAUAUUUCAUAUAUUAUAAAUAUAUGAAAUUAGAAACGAGAGAAAGGAUUUUGUCCGCUCUCCUCUCGCUUACCUUCGUCUUUGGCAUUUUUUUUUUUUUUUUUACACGGCGCAGCUAUUUUUUUAAAUACCGAUUAUGCGAAUGUGAGCAUACGAAAGUAAGCAGAGUUUUCUUGUAAAAAUAAGAUGAUAAAAAAUUGCCCUACGAUCUCCGUUUUAAUGAUAACAAAAAAGAAAAAAAAACAAAACGCAACUCGAUUUAGCGCACAAUUCAAAUGGAAUAAUAAUUCUUUUCCGAAGUCACGACAUUGUGCUGCCUUUUCAUUUAUAGCCAGUCACGAUUAUAAUUAUUUUUCUUUUUUGUAUUUCGAAGUUACGUAAUUCGGAGAUUACGCAAUGGCAAAUGUGAUAUUCAGCGAGAAAAUCGUUGCAGGGUGAAACAAAAUUUUUCAAAGUAAAACAAGUGUAAAAUUAUGGCGUUUGAACAACGCGAGACUGGAACUCGUUAUUGACACGUUUACAAAUGGCUCAUAAUUUACAUGACGAAGAUUGAAAUGAAGAGGAAACCAAUUAAUGGACAAAUGAAUCGAUAUUGUUUUCUUAUAUUUCGAAAAACAUAAAAUUUAAUACUUUGCAUUACAAUUAUUUUAGUGCUGAUCGUGUGUAGUGAUUCCGCAAACGAAAAACCAAAAGAAAAAAAAUACAAUUCAAUCAUUUUCCCGAAGGCUAUGAGUAUUCACGAAAAUUUUUGAAUGAUUUUUUUUUUCAAACAAAAUUAAAUAUUCACAAAUAAGCAUUUUUAUACGGCCGUUACGUGUCAGUUUUUUAUUUCUUUUUUUUUUUUUUUUUUAAUGAAGUAUAAUGUCGUUCUGUGGAAAAUGCUAGGUUUCAAAAACGAAUCUAGAUUAUCGUUAUUCCAAAUUUUUAUUUUUGCAUUGAAAACGCCACGUUUCUCGAUUUUUAUGUGCUUGAAUUUUCCAAUGAGCGAUUUGUUAACGUCCGCGCGCGCGCGCGCGCGCGCGUGUGUGUGUGUGUGUGUGUGUGUGUGUACGUGCAUGCGUGGAAAGAACGAUGAAAAAAGAAUUGAUAAAAACAAAGCAAGUGUACGUCUACGUGAAGAACACGCAUUUACCUAAGGAAAGACUUAGGGCUGUGAGUACAUUGGAGUAUUAGAGGAUUUAUUUGUACAUAAAUAAAAAGUUUCUUUACUGAA